AUGCUGUUAGUCCACUUAUCGCUUCACACGGUUGAUGAGGGCCACGCAAUAAAUCCGAGUUGUACCUGCGUACGUUUCACGUCCACGCACGGCAAAGAAAGGGGAACUUUCAGCAGUCCGGAUUACCCUCGUCCUUACCCUCAGAACACAUGUUUACUUUACACGUUUCUUGCUGAAACUCACCAGAUUGUUGAACUUGUCUUCACGGACUUUGACAUUUAUAAGGAACACAUGGAUUGCAGCAAUGGAAACUAUCUAAAAGUAUACUCAGAGGCUGAAAUACACGGUCCCGGCCCUCCCGGUAUUAACGAAUUUUCAGUCUGGUCCAGGAUUCUAUGUGGAAAUCGAGCUGAAGCACCACCGCCGUUAUAUUCUCAUGGACCAAUAAUGAUAUUAGAAUUCCAAAGUGGAGAGAAACCUUCGAAUGCCUCUGGCUUUAUUGGAACAUACAGGUUUAUCGAUCGACGUAAUUUUGAAACGGAUGGUGUUAAAGUAUCGGGGACACAGUGUGAUUAUGUAUUUGCAUCGCAAGCAGAGCGUCCUAGUCAUGGACGACUGUAUAGUCCAAGAUAUCCUUCUAGUUAUCCUAAUAGCAUUAGAUGCAAUUAUCAUUUUAAUGCAAGGAAAAAUGAAAGAAUAAAAUUAGUUUUUGAAGAAUCAUAUCUACAAAAAGGUGAUGAAAGUUGUCUUAACCGUGGUGAUGUCAUCAAAGUUUUUGACGGAAGAAGUUCAGUAGCGCCAGUUAUUUCAAUGCUUUGUAAUGAAAUUGUAGGAUAUGAAAUCCUUUCAACGGGACCAGAGCUUCUAGUGCAAUUCACAUCAAAUACCAAAACACCCGGACAAGGAUUUAAAGCAAGUUACCAGUUUCUUGCGAAGGAUGCCUCUAGUGCAGCGUCAUCUUGUCAUCAAGUAUUCAGAUCUGAUAAGAGCAGAAGCGGCAAAUUGAUCUCGCCGUUAUACCCUUCGCCGUACCCUCAAAAGACGCAAUGUCAUUAUGACUUUCUCGCGAAAGGGCGGGAACGCGUGCGAUUAGUCUUUGAAGACUUUAAUCUACAACGAGCCAGCAGUAUUAGCGACUGUGAGAGUAUGGACUCAUUUGACGUCUUUUUGUAUGUGGACGGUCGACUCGAGAAAAUGGCGUCAUAUUGUGGCAAUGACGUACCGAAACCAAUAAUGUCGAAUGGUCCAAAGUUAUCCAUCGAGUUUAGGGGUAUAUAUUCGUCAAGAUACAGCAGAGGUUUUAAGAUAGCGUACUAUUUUGUUGAAGAUUAUGCAAUCGCUACGGGAAAGCAGCUUUUAGAGUAUCCAUGUGCCUUCGUAUAUAAUAUCACGGAUCGACGAAAAGGGGUUAUGACAUCACCAAAUUAUCCGGGUCUCUACCCUAGGGACACUGAGUGCAAUUACUUCUUCCACGCUCGAAAGAACGAGAGAGUGCAUCUUAAGUUCUCACACUUUGACGUUGAGGGAGUUGUACCAUGCGAAGCUGUCUCAGCGAGUGACUACGUGCAAUUCUCUAGUCAAAUGAUAGAUAUAGAUAGUAAAAGAUACUGUGGUCAAUUGAGAGAGCUGGAUGUUGUCUCGAAGAGUAAUUUCCUGAGAGUGACCUUCCGUUCCAACGACAGACUAGACGGAACUGGUUUUAAAGCUGAAUAUAUUUUUCUAAAGGACUCUGAAAUGCGCAGUGUCAAAUCUGAAAUGAAUGGUUCUGUUGGAUGUCACAUAAUAAAAAAUCAUCAAUGGAGAAACUUCUUUAGACUGUUGUUAGCUUUGAGCAUAGUUACAAUAGUAUUAUAG